GAAAAGCGGCGAGAAGCGGUGACGUUACCAAUGAAGACGGGGUCAUCCUGAGUACGUGGCGCGACAAAUAGUUGGCAAAUAUUAUAUACUAGAAUAAAUAAUUAAUGAAUGAAAGAUGAAUUUACUUCUGUGUUAUGGAUUGCUACUUAUUUGGAGCGGCUACGCGAACUCAUAUUCAAUAACAGUUGAUGCCCACGCCGAAGAGUGCUUCUUCGAUAAGGUGGAAUAUGGCACUAAAAUGGGUCUCAUGUUCGAGACGUCCGAAGGAGGGUUUCUUGAUAUAGAUGUUAGAAUUGUUGGACCUGAUGGAAAAGUCAUUCAUCAAAGUGAACGAGAGACUAAUGGAAAAUACACUUUCUCCGCCCAUACUGCGGGUGUGUAUACUUACUGCUUUGGUAAUCAGAUGAGUACAAUGACACCGAAAGUGGUAAUGUUCACCAUGGAUAUUAGUGAGCCUUCUAAACAUGGAGCAGAGAUCGGUGGUACAGAAGGUCAGGAAGGCGAUACAUCUAAUCAUGCAAAAUUGGAAGAUAUGAUCCGAGAUCUAAGCACCAGUUUAACUGGCGUGAAACAUGAACAAGAAUAUAUGCAGGUGCGAGAUCGAAUUCAUCGCGCUAUCAACGAAAGCACCAAUUCUCGUGUGGUGAUGUGGUCCUUCUUUGAGGCACUAGUACUAGUUUGUAUGACGCUAGGUCAAGUCUUCUAUCUGAAACGUUUCUUUGAGGUCCGACGUGUCGUUUAACAGAGUUUAAUGAUAGUGAUAGUUUGUCCAAACUCAUUGUAAGUUUUUUUUUACAUGUAAAAUUAAAUUAUACUAAUCAUAUUUAGGGUAUAAUACAUCUCUGCUUUCAAACAU